UGAGGCGCUCCUUCGGUUCGUAGGACGCCUUUUGGACUGCGAUUGCGUUAGGAAGGGUACUACUGUAGGGACACCACCCUGGUUGACGAUGUAGGUUUUCCAGUUAGUUUAGCUAGUAUUACAUUUGCCGAAGAGAGAUCCAACUAGUCUGUAUUUUACCAUUUUUGGAUUGAAUGGGUUUGCAAGAGGAAAAUAACAACCGUAAGGAAAAUUCUGUAGAUGUUCAUUCGCCCGUUGUUUCUUUUAUUUGGUCAGAGAAAACGCUAUCCCUGCGUAUUUUCCUAGCAGGGGGAAUAGCGGGUGCUGUGAGUCGUACUGUGACGGCUCCGCUUGACCGCAUAAAAGUUCUGAUGCAGGCCUCUCACGGAGAGCACGCGUUGCGCUUCCUCGGAAGUGCGCGCAAGAUCUACUCCGAGAGUGGGAUCCUGGGUUAUUGGAAAGGAAACGGGGUGAAUUGCGUGAAGCUCUUUCCGGAAACAGCGAUUCGAUUCUACGUAUACGAGCUCCUUCGAGCCCGUCUCAACAUCGACACAGAGCACGCCGACAUCCUCACUCGCUUUGUGACUGGCUCUGUCGCCGGACUGGUGAGUCAGACCAUCGUCUACCCGUUGGAAGUCAUCAAAACCCGCAUCGCCCUCUCCCAGCCAGGGCUCUAUCGCGGUGUCUGGGACGUGGUCAACCAGACCGUCCGUCGCGAGGGCGCUCUAGCUCUCUACAAAGGCAUGCUCGCGUCCAUUCUCGGCAUCAUUCCCUACUCGGGCGUCGAGCUCAUGGUCUACUCCUAUCUCACCGAUCACUUCACGCGCUCCAAUCAGCACAAAGGCGUGUGCUCCGUGCUGGUUUGCGGCGCGCUCUCCAGCAUAUGCGGACAGACCAUCGCCUACCCCUUCCAACUGGUCAGGACCAAGCUGCAGGCGCAGGGAAUGCCGGUGCAUUACAAGGAGUAUAAGGGAGUGGGCGACUGCAUUAAGCAGAUUGUGCAGAGAAGAGGCCUUCGCGGACUGUAUCGCGGGAUUUCGGCGAAUUAUAUGAAGGCAGUUCCUGCUAUUAGUAUGAAAUAUAUGAUGUAUGAACUUUUGAAAGAAUGGUUCCGUGUGGGUGACAAGAUGACUUCUACGUAA